AUGGGAGGAUCGAUUCUCAACAGCACCCGAGCGUUGCUGAAACAACGCGCAGAUGCUCGCUGUGUUGUGAAGCCGGUCUUGGCGUCGCAUCACAUAUGUGGCUUGUGGAACCACCCCGACAGUCAGCUUCGAAAGCAGAUGCUGAGAACGAUCGAACGGUUACCUGACGCUCAGGCCAUCGAUAUUCUACGCAAAGGGUACCGAGACGCUGGAGAACUUCCUGUCACCAUUUGCGUCACGCUAACCAAGCGCUCUUCAUCGUGGGCGAAGAUUGGUCGAAUCCUCCGGAGAUUGCGAAAGAUUCUCGACAAACAUGGGCUUCACGAUAUCCUUUGCGAAGUCAUGGAGUCAACGGUCUCUUUUCAUUCGUCCGUGCCCAGUGCUCAUGUCCCGGAGAUCACAACAACGGAGGAAGAGGGGAGCAGGUUGGUCUCAUUUGUGGGCACCAGCAUUAGCCCGCUGGCUACAACUGCCCCGGGGGAGUUUUCAGAACUGGCGGUAGAAGGAACACUGGGACCGUAUUUGAAAUGGAAGCAACAGGAUGGUUCUGAGAAAACUGUGGCCUUGACAUGCCGACAUGUGGUGCAGGACGAGGCUCAGUUGCUUGCUACGAUGAACGAGCAGCUGACACAACCGAUCAAUAUCAUACAGCCUGGUCCUGAUGAAUUCCGACAAAUCCAGAACACCUUGAAUGAGAUUCAAGAACAAGCUGAAUCGGGAGAGAUCAAAGAGGAGGUCGUAGCUGCCCUCCAUCAGCUAUCCGCCGCCUUCCAAGAACUCAGUGCGCGGAUUGUCGGCCAGGUCUUGUUUGCACCACGGUUUGCACUUCGCCCUGUUGUUCGCCAAGACAAUAUCAUUGUUCGUCAAGAUGACACUAUUGUCAAUCAAGAGGAUCAAGCCAACCCUUCAAGUAGGGAUCUCAAAUGGCUAACCGACUGGGCUCUAGUUGAUAUGCACCAAGAUGUGGCUCCAGAUUUGGCUAACCAAGUUAUUGUCUCGAGAGCCCAACACUCACGUCUCCUUGACCAUGAGGCUACGAUACGCGCCAGGAGCAUUGGAGCUGAUGAUGUCACACUUGAGCUAUCCGGCACAGUUUCCGAGUCUGAACUUCUGGCCUUGCCGAGGGACGAGAGCAAUCAAGCAAUCGUCGCCAAAGUCGGUGCAGCCACUGGCCUAACGUUAGGCUCGAGUAAUGGUAUGUGCUCUUCCCUUAGAUCCGGGAACAACACUUGGAGCCAAGAGUGGUGCAUCAUAGGCAUGAAAAAGGACCCUAACCAGGGCAUAUUAGCAGAACGGACAAUGUUUUCUGCGCAGGGCGACUCUGGUGCAUCGGUAUGGUUCCUAGAUGGGAGGAUAGCUGGUAUGCUGACGUCUGGCCGCUGUAGCGGAUUUGUGGAUGUUACCUAUGCUACCCCAAUUGAACGCUUACUCAACGACAUCAGAGAAAGGGGGUAUGAUGUUGAACUACCUUAG